AGCGUAAAUGGAUAUAUAAAAAUAGAAGAUAUUAUGCGAGAAAACUUAGAAUUAAAGAAUAGACUUGAUAAUCCAAUUCCUGAAAACAUCAAAGAACUACAGAAUUAUGAAAAGAAGCAGUGGAAAGAACGUUUGGAUCGAUUUGUUGAAACCAAGGCAUCCAAAAUGAUAUUGAAGAGCAUGAAGAUAGAUCAGUGUAUCCUGGUGUCAGGACCACAAGGAUGUGGAAAGUCGUUUCUGGCAUUUCACAUAGCGUUAACUCUGGAGGAAACCGAAGAAUUCGAACUAUUGAUUGUUACAAACCCAGAUGACAUUGUCAGAUAUGCAUCUAAAGAUAAGACACAGAUAUUUAUCAUUGAAGAUAUAUUCGGAAAGUAUAAUGUAUAUGAUUAUGAUACUAUGUGGUGGAGUAAGCAAGGUAAUUUGGUUCUUACGCUUCUGAAUAGAAAUAAGAAUUUUAAGAUACUAGCAACUUGUAGGUCUUAUAUAUAUAAUACAGUUGAUAUUGGAACAGUGAAAACAGUUUUUGUUCACCACAGCCUUAUCGAAGAAGACUUGAAGCUAACCGAAGACAAUCGGCGGACAAUAGGAAAAUCAUAUUUAAGUGCAGAGAUGAUAGACCAAUUAAGCAAUGGAGUCAUUAUGAAGUUUAGCUUCUUUCCUACACUGUGCGCGAAUUAUUCACCCGAUACAAAAGAAAAUGCGGUAGAAUAUUUUUCAACACCAUAUAGUUAUGUGGCUGCAGAGAUCGAAAAGUGCAAUAAAACAAAAGAUUUGCAUUACUUUUCAUUAGCACUAAUGGUGAUUUUGAACAAUAAUGUAAAAAAAGAAAAACUUAUCCAUGAUAACAAUAAUCGGAAUCAAGAUAGAAAUUUUAAUGAACUUAUUCAUUGUUUGGCAAAUGAAAUUGGUUAUACCCAAAUACCAUCAAAACAGUCAUUACUCUUUUGUCUAAAUGCCUUAGUUGGAUCUUAUUGCAUCGAAACGGAAUAUGGGUAUUCCUUUAUGAACGAAACGUUAUUGGACAUUAUUGCACAUGUCUUGAGUCAACAUAUCCUACGAAGUUUACUGAAAUAUGGUAAGACAUCGUUUCUAAAGGAUAGAGUUCAGUUUCUGUCUCUGAGUGGACAUCCUCCAAAACUGACCAUUAUGAUUCCCGACAUAUUAGAAAGAGCAUACUUUGACCGAAUCUUAAUUGAAAUUAAACAAGGGUUGUUCUUGGAUGUAAUAACGGAUACGCAAAAUGCUUUUCCUCAAUUCAGAAAAGCAUUCACUUCGUAUAUGAAAAACAUGUUAAAACGGAAUGACUUAAAGAACUCUGAUGAUGGUUCAACAGUUGUGCAUGCUGUAUCCUUAGAAGGUUAUGACGACUACCUUACAUAUUUCUUAGAUUUUGACAAAUCAUUGGUUAACAAAGACAAUAAAUCUGGUCAAAUUCCGUUGCAUUUGGCUUGUCUCAAGGGACAUAGUCAAACAGUUCAGUUAUUACUAGGGAAAAGAGCAUUUAUUGACAAAACGGAUAAAAAUGAAAAUACACCAUUAGAUUUAGCCUGUGCUGGUGGUCAUACAGAUACAGUCGCUGUGCUUUUGUCGAAGAGAGCUACAAUAAAACAACGAAAAAGUGAUCUGAAAACAGCACUACAUGUAGUUUGUAGGAAUGGACAUAGGAGCAUAGCUGAAAUGUUGUUGAAUAGAAAUGCAAAGGUCAAUAUAUUGGAUAGCGCUAGACACACUCCUUUACAUUUAGCUUCAAUGAAAGGAUGUACUGAAAUUGUUGAAUUGUUGAUUCAAAAUAAGGCUGAUGUCAAUCUUGUUGACAAUAAAGGUCGAACUCCGAUAUUUUUAGCUUGCGAGAAGAAACAAAAAAAGAUUGUUGAGUUACUUUUGAAAUGUAAUGCUAACACAUUAAUAGAUAAUGAAGAAGGAAAGUGUCCAAUACAUUGUUGCUGUGCAGUAGGAAGUAGUGAAAUAACCGAGCUGUUACAUUCUCAUGGGGUUGACAUAAAUCAACGUGAUUCACAUGAAUCUACUCCACUUUACUGGGCUUGUAAAAAAAGCCAUGAGCUUAUUGUUAAAAUGUUGUUAGAUAAAAAUGCAGACGUUUUUCUCCAUAACAAAAAUAAAGAUACGCCGCUUCAUAUUGCGUGUAAAAAGGGUAAUGUCAACAUCAUCAAGAUGUUGUUAGACUACAAGGCAAAAGUUAACUGCACAAACAUAUAUGGAAAGACACCACUACAUCUGGCAUGUACACAUGGUCUACAGGAUGCAGUUUCCCUCCUUCUGCUACAUGGAGCAGAUGCUAGUGCCAAAGACAAAGAAUCAGCUACUCCUCUCCAUCUAGCUUGCUUCAGUGGAAAUGAAAAUAUUGUUGGAGAAUUAUUUAAGCAUGGUGUUUCAAUUGAUGAAACAGAAAAAUAUGGUAGGACACCUCUCCAUAUUUGUUGUGAACGAGGGCAUUUAAACUCCAUACCAAUACUGUUUCAACAUGGAGCAGAUAUAGAUAAAAUGGAGAAAGAGAAUUUAACUCCUCUGUAUAUUGCCUGUCGCGAUAACAAAAUAGAUCUCAUUAAACUUCUAUUAUCAUUUAGUUCGAAGGUAAACGAAACAGAUAAAGAUGGAUGGACACCCUUGUAUCUAGCGUGCAAAGAGAGUAACCUAGAAAUGGCUAGAAUUUUGAUAACAAAAGAUGCAAACGUAAAUCAAGCUGAUAAAGAUGGUAUAACACAUCUGCAUUUGACUGCUCAGGCUGGAAACACUGAUCUUACGAAAUUGUUGCUUGAAAGUAAGGCAUCUGUAAAUAUGGUAGAAAAAUUAGGACAGACGCCUCUUUUCAAGUCUUUAUCAGCUGUUCAAAAAGAUAUUACUGAACUCUUUCUCAAAAAUGGUGCAUCUGUAAAUGUGAGUGACAGGUUUGGGAUGACUCCUAUUAGAAUUGCUUUACAGAAAAGAGACAGUGAUGUGAUAAACUUGUUAAAACAUUACAAUGUAGAGUAAAUAUGGAUAUUAUAUAGUAAGGUUCAAUGUCGAUUUUGUUUAUACUUAUGGUUCAUACUCGGCUAUUAUCCCUUGUAUCUCAUGGGAGACUACUUCUUCGAUUUUUGUGUUUGUUGUGAUAUGAAGAGAUAUUACCUUUUAUCAUAUAAUUAGAGUAAAUAAUUUAUAAUUUUUACAGUAUGAUAAUAGCAUUAAAUUUACGUGAAUUCCAUAUUUUCCGAAAUGGUGUUUAGCGGCUGAUAUGAAAUUUUUUUCACAUGCUUCGACAAUUAUCACAUGCCUUUCCGUAAUGUUAUCACAUGGCAUUCCGGCGUUACUCGGUAAAUUCCGGAAAAUGCACCUCAAUGGUAUACGUUUUCAGUGAAAAAAAAACAUUACAAAGUAGGGUACAAAACAAGUAUUGGAAAACAGAUAAAUAUAGUAUAUAAAAUGCCCCCCCCCCCACACAAAAAAAAAAUAAAUAAAAUAAAAUGAUACAAUAGUUGCAUUUUUCAAAGGAUCCGGCACAAUUUAGAAAGUUACUUUACAAAUGUUGACUUUUCGAAACAGUGUUCAUUAUGUUUUGUAGAUUUUUUUUUAUCGUCAAUAUAAAAAGAUAUCAUACUGUUGUUUUUUUUUUCUUUGUUAAGGCAUAUGAUUAGAAAGAUUUCAUAUCGGAUGUACUACAUUUGGCGUCAGACGUUCGUACACUUUUCACUUUCAGAAAUUCUCCUUGAGAACCAUUUAAAAGGAUCAAUGUAUUAAACUGUGACUUUUCUCCAUUGUUGAAGCAUAUGAUAAAAAGAUCAUAACAUGUCAUUGUUCAUAGAAACUGGCUACGGUUACAUUGAAAUGUACCAAUGAUGAAAAAGUUAUUGUAACAUUGGAGACUAAUUGCCGGAAUGCAGGGUUGGGUAGGGAACCGAUUAAUUAUGAAUGUAACAAUAAUAUUUGUGUCUAUGGUUACUUUGUGUUAUUUUACGUUAAUGCACUUCAGUUUACAUGUAUGCUGGGAAUAGUAAUCUGUAUUUUAAAAUAAAUCUUAUUUGAAUUUUACAA